CAAAAUCCAUAUAUUCUGUUAUAGUUUGAAAAUGAAAAAUAUCAAAAUGGCCCUCGCUUGCUUUAAUUUUUCCAUGUGCGGCCCUCAGUGGAAAAAGUUUGGACACCCCUGCUUUAAGUGGUGACACUUCCUAUAAGAGGACAGCUGUAGUGCUGUAUUCUGACCAUUAUGUCAUAUUUCAUUUGAACUUUUUUAAAUGGUCCUCAGUAGUCACGUACAAAUUUGUGUGAAUUAUGCAAAAUUGUUUCAAUUUGGUCCCCAUGAUCCAUAUUAACUCUUUUUUUCCGCCAGGGUCCCCAGUAAGAAUGAUCAGCACAUUACUUCAUCAAUCCAGAGAUUUAAAGACGUGUAUGAGCUAACUGGGCAGUGGACAUUUUACCUAAACAUUUUAAUGCCUCCACAACCUGUAGAAAGUGUGGCCCCCCACAAGUGAUGAUCAAAAACUUGGUCCCCAUUCCAAAUGAUAACCAGAAUGUGUGUACGUGUGUGUGUGUGUGUGUGUGUGUGUGUGCGCCAUUUGGUAUCCUUUGCAAACAUCCUGCAGGCUGGUACGCGUUGUCUGUAUGGAGGGAAUCACCUUCUUCAGUAUUCAGCCAUCAAAUGUGUUCACGCCUCUAAAAUACCGUAAAUGCUCCAAUUAUUGCCGCCGCCUUCACUUAACGACAACGCAAAGAUGUCAGGGCGCUAACAGGAAGCAGGGAAGGGUUUUUAUUUUGUCGUCAGAUGCUCGUUACAAGAAUGAUGAUAACAAAGUAAGCUGCAGCACAACCGAUGUUGUCGUUUAAAAAAGUAAUACUGGAGAAAACUGCUACUCUGCAGCGCGAGUGGCAUUACGGAAAGUGUGAAUGACUGUCAACAUUUUGAAGCGCAUGAAGAGCUGGAUAAAGCUGCCACUCCUGUAAAUCUUACAUGUUUAACUUCCGUAAUGAUUUGAAGAGCAUGGGAAAGCGGAAAUCUCUUCGAAACCACAUUCAUUCGCAAGUGUAUUGCACAACAGAGCAGCGAGAGAACCAAUGUUGUCAUUUAAUAGAUUGAUAUAGGUGAAAACUGCUGAGCCAGCAUUGAUAAGCGCAAGUGGCAUGACUGAAACCCGCCACUUCGACAAAUGGCAGAACAUUUAUAUUUUUUGCCUUGGUGAGUGUAUGGCCAACUCUCUAGCUGCAUUGACCCCGCACUGAUGAUACUGUGUUUAUUUCUGAGGCAGAUUAUUGCAAUUCUGCUUUGAUGAGGUGGCAACUUGUCCAGGGUGUACCCCGCCUUCUGCCCGAAUGACCCCAAAAAAAGGGACAAGCGGUACGAAAUGGAUGGAUGGAUCGAUUUAUUCAGAUCUCAAAUACGCGACAGCAGGUACCAAUGGCGUCACAUCCCUGCUCUCUCAUUGGACGGCUGAGGUCACGUGUCACCCCGACGCUGUCCUCCAAUGGGGAAAAGUUCCUCCGCUCCUGCGUGUUUGGGACGAUGCAGGCCAGAUGUGCGACGCCGCCCAAAGACUAGCAUUCGCAUUCCGUUCCCUAAAAAAAGGAGGUUUGGAGCAGUUUGAAGAUGGCUGCCACUAUCCUGUCACUUCUGGUUCUCGUCUCCUCAGCCGCCGUCUCAGUUGCCGUCCUGUUUGGAGAGCCCAGGAUUUUUGGAGAGGAAGCUACAGGCUAUGGUCCCAUCUUCGAGGAGGAGCCGGUGGACGUGGUCUACUCCGAGGACUCGCCUGACGGAAGGAUCUCCAUGAACUGCCGAGCUCGGGCAAACCCGCCGGCGACGUACAGGUGGCGCCGUGACAACUGGGAGAUCAAACUGAUGGAGCAGCCGGACGAGCACUACAGCCUGGUGGGCGGCAACCUGGUCAUCAGCAACCCCCGGCAGAAGAAGCACGCCGGCACGUACAUCUGCGUGGCCCGGAACAUCUACGGCACCGUCAUCAGCAAGGAGGCCCGGGUCAAGUUCGGAUUCGUGGAGGAGUUCCCUCAGGAGGAGAGAGAGCCGGUUUACGUGAAGGAAGGCCAAGGCGCAGUCCUGCUGUGUGCGCCUCCCAAAACCUGGCCAGAGGAGGUGAGCUACCGCUGGAUCUUCAACGAGUUCCCCGUCUUCCUGGACCCGGACCGCCGCCGCUUCGUCUCGCAGAGGACGGGCAACUUGUACCUCGCCAAGGUGGAGGCUCAGGACGCCGGCAACUACUCCUGCUUCGUCUCCAGUCCCGUCGUGGGCAAGAGCGUCUUCUCCAAGUUCAUCCCGCUCGUCCCUCUGCCGCCGGACGACGGUGAGGAGAGGAAAUACCCAGCGGACAUCAGGGUGAAGUUUGGAGACACCACCGCCUUGCUGUUCUCCAACAUCACGCUGGAGUGCUUCGCGCUUGGCAAUCCCGUCCCUCACAUUGUGUGGAGAAAAGUGGACCACACGGAUCUUCCUGCCAAUCAUGAGAUCAGCCAAUCAGGCGCUGUCCUGCACCUCUACAACAUCCAAUAUGAAGACGUGGGGGGUUACGAGUGCGAGGCCAUCAACACCAAAGGGAAGGACUGGCACAAGGCCUGGGUUUACGUGGAGUCUGCUCCAGAGUGGGCAGAGACCAUCAACAACACCCAAAUGGACAUCGGUUCAGAGCACACCAUGCGCUGUGUUGCAUCAGGGAAGCCUUUCCCAUUCAUCCGUUGGUACAAAAAUGGCUACAUGUUCGGCAAAGGCGAGUUGAAGUUUUCCAGCUUGACGUUCGAUGACUCCGGCAUGUACCAGUGCAUAGCGGAGAACUACUGGGGCAUCAAAUACGCCAACGCUGAGCUGAGAGUGAUUGCCUGCGCUCCGACAUUCGAGUUCAACCCCCUGAAGAAGCAGCUCCUGGGGGCCAAAGAUGGCCGCGUUGUGAUAGAGUGCAAACCCAGAGCGGCGCCCAGGCCUCGCUUCACGUGGACCAAAGACAAAGAGCUGCUCUUCAACAACUCGCGCAUCUCCAUCAUGUUUGAUGGCACUCUGGAGAUUCUCAACGCCACCAUAAAUGAUGAAGGUUCCUACACGUGCUUUGCUGAGAACGACAGAGGAAAGUCCAACAGUUCUGGUUACCUCACCAUCACAGAGGCGACCAGCAUUACGACGCCUCCAGAGGACACUGAGGUGAAAGUGGGUGCCGAGGUGGUUCUGUCCUGCUCGGCGUCCUACGACCCCAUGCUGGACAUCACCUUCAUCUGGGCCGUGGACUUCAGGGUCAUCGACUUUUACGCUGAGUGGCAACACUUUGAACGCAUCAUGAGCGAAGACGGCAGUGGGAACCUGCGGAUCAAGAACGCGCAGAUCUGGCAUGAGGGUCGCUACACGUGCACGGCUCAGACCGUGGUGGACAGCGACAUGGCGUACGCCGACCUCAAGGUUGUAGGAGUCCCAGGGCCUCCUGGUGUGAUCCGCGUGGAGGAUAUAGGAAACACGUGGGUCAAGCUGCUGUGGACCAAAGGAGCUGAUCAUAACAGGCCGAUUCUUCACUACACCAUUCAAAGCAGAAACUACUGGGCUCUGCAUGAGGACGACUGGAAGAAUGCCACCACCUCUCCAACCUUCCUUGACGGCACUGUGGAGAGGGCAGAUGUCACAGACUUGUACCCCUGGAUGGAGUAUCAGUUCCGGAUCAUUGCCACCAACGAGUACGGCUCUGGGGAGGCCAGCAUCCCCUCGCUGAAGAUAAAAACAUGGGACGAUUCUCCGGUGGUCUCGCCCACUGACGUGGAGGGUUACGGCGGUAGGAAUGGCGAGAUAGUCAUCACGUGGAAGCCCGUGGAGCCGUGGUACUUCUACGGCAAGAAGUUUGGCUACAUCGUGGCCUUCAAGCCUCACGACGCGUACGACUGGUGGUACGAGACCAUCUCUGAUCCGGAGACAAGGCGAUACGUUCACAAGGACACCUUCUUCGUCCCCACCGAGGAAGACUUCCAGUUUCGGGAGUUUCAGGUGAAGAUCAAGUCGUUUAACGUGAAAGGAGACGGGCCGUACAGUCUGACCAAGGUCAUCUACUACCCAAGAGAUGUCCCCACAGAGCCUCCUACAGACGUCUACGCCAGGCCAGUGUCCUCCACAGAAGCUCUGGUGUGGUGGCUGCCCGUGGUGGACACAGGAACGGGCCUACAGCAGUACAUUGAAGGCUACCAGGUGAAAUACUGGAGAAAAUAUGACGACCCAGAGCCGGGAGCCAAUCGCAUUUUUGUCCCGGCGACGGCAAACCAAACCAGGCUGGAGAACAUGCUGCCUGACGCCCACUACCUCAUUGAGGUGCGAGCCUUUAACGGAGCUGGACUCGGACCGCCGGGGGAACACUGCGAGAUGUUCACCAAAAGACCACCGCCACCCGAUCCUCCCAGGAUGUGGCGCUUCAUCUCCUGGACAGGAAAGUGGUUGUACGUGUGGUGGGACCAUAUCCAGUACGACUGGUUUGGGAACGUCUCCUUCCCUCUUUACUACAAGGUCAUGUUUCGAAAGACCGGUUACAUUUACGGGAAAGUGUACGUCACCGGCUGGCACUUUAUGGACUUCCCCAUGCCUCAGUUUGGAGACUACGAGCUCAUGGUGCGAGGACGCUACGAAGGGGGCGACGGCCCCGUCAGGACCAUUCGACUUCUGGGCAAGGCCUCCAUGACCACGCCCACUCUCGGCCUCACCUCUGCCACGUUCCUGGCGCUGUGCAUUGUGGGAUUGCAACUUUAAGCCUUUGCCUUCACGACACCCUUGCUGAAUUAUUUUUUAAAAUGGCAUUGUUGAAUUAUUUAUAAGAUAGUAUGCAAAGAGUUGUAUAAGAACUUUUAUUGCAUUGGCUUUUAUGAAUAGCACACCCUAGUAGCAUACUAGUCUGUUAUUUAUUAAAUCACUACCACUAAUGGA